CACUGCGCCCGGGGAAGAUCUCCAGCCGUCCGCCUGGGGGCGGAGUGCCCGCCCUCCCUCAGGCGGCGGCCAAUCAGCGCUCGGAGCCGGCUCUCCCGGGGCGGCUCGCGCGCGGGGUGUGUGAGGACGCGCUCCCAGUUGCUGAGUGCCUGAGCCGCCGAGCAGUUGCCGUAUUACCUGCAGCUGCAGGAGCGGACGCAGAGCAUCGGACGCGGGCGCUGUGGCUUGGGGCAGGAAGGUGAAGGCAUGUCGUCCGUCAGUGAAAAUAUCCUUUUUGGACUGGGAAAUCCUCUGCUUGACAUCUCUGCUGUAGUGGACAAAGAUUUUCUUGAUAAAUAUUCUCUGAAACCAAACGACCAAAUCUUGGCUGAAGACAAGCACAAGGAACUGUUUGAUGAACUUGUAAAAAAAUUCAAAGUCGAAUAUCAUGCUGGUGGUUCUACCCUGAAUUCAGUAAAAGUGGCUCAGUGGAUGAUUCAGCAGCCGUAUAAAGUAGCAACUUUUUUUGGAUGCAUUGGGAUAGAUAAAUUUGGUGAGAUCCUGAAGAGAAAAGCUGCUGAAGCCCAUGUGGACGCCCAUUACUACGAGCAGAGCGAGCAGCCCACGGGAACCUGUGCUGUGUGCAUCACUGGUGGCAACAGGUCCCUUGUAGCUAAUCUUGCUGCUGCCAAUUGUUAUAAAAAAGAAAAACAUCUUGAUUUGGAGAAAAACUGGAUGUUCGUAGAAAAAGCAAGAAUUUGUUAUAUAGCAGGCUUUUUUCUUACAGUUUCUCCAGAGUCAGCUUUAAAAGUGGCUCACCAUGCUUCUGAAAACAACAAGAUUUUCAUUUUGAAUCUGUCUGCACCAUUUAUUAGCCAAUUCUACAAGGAACCAUUGAUGAAAGUUAUGCCUUAUGUGGACAUACUUUUUGGAAACGAGACAGAAGCUGCCACUUUUGCUAGAGAGCAAGGCUUUGAGACUAAUGACAUUAAAGAGAUGGCCAAAAAAACACAAGCCCUGCCAAAGGCGAACUCAAAAAGGCAGCGAGUUGUGAUCUUCACCCAAGGGAGAGAUGACACCAUAAUGGCCACAGAGAAUGAAGUCACUGCCUUUGCUGUCUUGGAUCAAGACCAGAAAGAAAUAAUUGACACCAAUGGAGCUGGAGAUGCAUUUGUUGGAGGUUUUCUGUCUCAACUGGUCUCUGACAAGCCUCUGACAGAAUGCAUUCGUGCUGGCCACUAUGCAGCAAGUGUCAUAAUUAGACGGACUGGCUGCACCUUUCCUGAGAAACCUGAUUUCCACUGAUGGAAGAGCUGCGAGCCCAAGCCCAGGAGUACAGACACUGCCCACUGAUUACUGCUUCCUGAGAAUUCCCAUAUUAAAAAAGAAGAAAACUAUCUAUCAUCUUUUCCUACUACAGUAACAUUCGGUCUUAAUAUAGAGGGGUUGGUAAUGUUCACAGAAUCUUUAUUAUCUCAAGAAACCUAAAAAUGACAUUUAUUUCCAUAGCUUGAUAGUGCCACUUAAAUGUCAAUUAAGAAUAUAACAUUUCAAUAGAAA